CGGAGAAUUCUUUGGGCGAUGUUUGCCUUGCACGAUCCCCCCCACCCUCGCUUUUGAACUCGUAGACCUCGCUCGGAAUCCUGCGGUUCUUGCGCUCAAGUGCUGGCGCUGCUCUCACGCGCCGGGGAUCGUAUCGCUGAUUCUAGUCUAGGACGAGAGUCCCUUUCUUCGGGUAUGCGCAAUGGCGGAUUGUCGUGUGGUGAGCGGGGGUGGUGGUGUUUAAGUGUAGCGGAGUGGAAGGAAGGAGCUAGGGUAACAACGCAGUAAGGAGGAGGAGAGAUAGGGGGAGUUGGACGCAACGAGGUGUAGCGUGGAGAUUGGGAGGUGUUAAGGUUUUAGGAGGAGAUGGUGUAGACAUGUGUUUUGAGAUGCUGUUUGCUGACUGGUUGCGAUUGGGGUGAGAGAGAAUUCUGGGGGAGUGGGGUUUGGAGGGAGGGGGGGAUCUUUUCGAAAUGAGGGGUAUUCGUGAGAGUUUCAAUGGGCCGGGGGAUCUGUUGGGGGAGGGUCGUGUUGGAGGUGGGAGAAUGAGUUUCGUGUUGUUGUAGGGUUGUGGAUUGAGGGUUUUGUUGAAGUAGGAGUUGGUUGGACACGUGAUCUGAGGCGAUGAAUUUUGCGGCGAUGGUGUGAUUAAGGGGUUUGAUCUGGCAAGGGAGGGUGCUGGAGGUUUUAAGAGGCUUGUGGAAGCCAUUGAUUGCGUGCCCGUAUUGGGAAUAGAGGGAGGAUUUGGCAUGCUGAAGCUGUUGGCGUUGAGGUGAUCUGGUUUUGGAGGUUGUAGUGUGAAUGAGUUUGAGGGUGACACUGACGGAUUCAGUGUCCAGCGGAGGAUGAGUUUGGGUGUGGUGGUGAGGAGGGUUUUUGCAUUGAGAAGAUGAAGCUCUGCGUAGCUGGCGGGUCGUGACACUGGUAGGCUCUACCGGCAGUGGAUAGGGACAGGAGACGUAAGUGCCGGAAUUUUGGGGUGGAGGUUAGAGGGAUUAGCGAUGGACUCCGGUGGAAGGCCCGUGGCUCCUGUAGCCGUGGAGUACUAUCUGCCCAACUACAAGAUGGGGAAAACCCUAGGGAUUGGGUCUUUCGGGAAGGUGAAGGUGGCAGAGCACACUCCCACCGGCCAUAAGGUGGCCAUUAAAAUUUUAAAUCGACGAAAAGUCAAGUCGAUGGACAUGGAAGAGAAAGUCCGACGCGAGAUCAAGAUAUUGCGGCUAUUCAUGCACCCUCACAUAAUACGCUUGUACGAAGUUAUUGAGACACCAACGGACAUCUUUGUGGUCAUGGAAUACGUGAAAUCAGGAGAACUGUUCGAUUACAUUGUUGAAAAGCAGCGUCUAGGUGAAGAUGAAGCUCGACGAUUUUUCCAGCAGAUUGUGUCUGGCGUGGAAUAUUGCCAUCGGAAUAUGGUUGUUCAUCGUGACUUGAAGCCAGAGAACUUACUUCUCGACUCCAAAUGGAACGUCAAGAUAGCUGAUUUCGGACUGUCCAAUAUUAUGAGGGAUGGUCACUUUCUCAAAACUAGUUGCGGAAGCCCCAAUUAUGCUGCUCCAGAGGUUAUAUCAGGGAAGCUCUAUGCCGGUCCUGAGGUGGACGUCUGGAGCUGUGGCGUUAUUCUGUAUGCUCUCUUGUGUGGCUCGUUGCCCUUCGACGACGAAAAUAUUCCGAAUUUGUUUAGGAAAAUCAAGGGUGGCAUCUACACUCUGCCUAGCCAUUUAUCACCAGGAGCAAGGGAUCUUAUUCCAAGGAUGUUGCUGGUAGACCCAAUGAAGCGAGUAACCAUUCCUGAGAUUCGGCAGCAUCCUUGGUUUUUAAAUCACUUGCCUCGUUACCUUGCGGUUCCUCCUCCUGAUACAUUACAGCAAGCUAAGCGAAUUGACGAGGAAAUCCUGGAACGGGUAGUUGCGUUGAAUUUUGACCGGGUACACCUUAUAGAGUCACUGCUCAACCGCGUGCAGAACAAGGCAACGGUAGCAUAUUAUUUGAUGCUGGACAAUCGUCGGAGGCUAUCAAAUGGUUACCUUGGCUCUGAAUUUGAUGAAGGAAAAGUUAGUGAGCAAUCGUUGUCUCCAAUGUCACCCUAUGGUGCACAUGGCGGGACUCCAAGGUCUACCUAUCCUAGAUCUUUAAUACGCACUCCUAGUAUGGAUCGAAGAGGUUCAUCUUCCUCCGUGCUACAACACAGGGUUGUCGCUGAGAGGAAAUGGGCUCUAGGUGUUCAGUUACGAUCACAUCCCAAGGAGAUAAUGUCUGAUGUUUUAGAUACCCUCAGGAAGUGUGAUAUCAACUGGAAGAAGACAGGUGCCUACAAUUUGAAAUGUCGAUGGGUAGCUCCAAACCAACACCUUAACGACAGGGCCUCAGAACAUCGUGGUAUUCCUGAUUCCCCAAUGGCUGGAACUACACCUAGAGUUUCGUCUGGCCGCUGGUCUUCUGAGCAGCAGGGAAUCUCUGGUUCAGUGGCGUCUGGAAAUAAAGACGACGAGAGUGGCGUUGAGAGCAAUGUCCUCAAGUUUGAAUUGCAGGUCAUUUUAUUUAUUACAACUCAUUUGAAGGUAGUCAAUUUGCUUGUUGGUUGCGAGUUCAGCUCUUCAAGAUGCGAGAAGAGAAGUAUUUGCUGGACCUGCAAAGAGUGGAGGGCCCUACCUAUCUCUUCCUCGACUUGUUCUCAGCUUUUCUUAUUGAGUUACGGGUGGCUUGACCUCCUGAAAAGUCGCUACAUUUUGGUUGCCGUCUGGUUGGAUGCGGGCAUGGCAGAUGUAAUAUUGGCAUUAGUCUCGAUUUGCCUGCUUUGAAGCAAUUUGACUGAGUCCCAAGAGCCCUUGUAUUAUGGAAGCGACCUGCGGAAAUCGUUUAUGUAUAGUAAGUAGGGUUAAAUCUCAAGUAGACCCCUAAACGAGAAGCCAGAAGACAACCGAAAGCUUCAAAGACAACCAGAACUCACCCAAAGCACAUCAGGUUGGACAAUUAAAGAAGACUAUCAUCUCUAGUGCUCCGCCUCCUCACAGGACUCUGCUACAGUAGUGGGCGGGAUUAUCUACUCAUACCCAGUCUGGCAACGUGACAUUUAUUGCAUCUUCUCAGCACCUUGGUAGCCCGUUCCAGCAAUACAGCAUCGGCAAUUUGAUUUCUCAGGCUUAGCUAUUGUCGGCCAUGAGCUUCUCCAUGUCAACGAGGCAAAUGUUUUGUUCGGUUUUACUUUUCCCGGUCUCGCCUUGUUUUGUGGCCAUUUCUUGUGUUGAUCCUAGGUAGUGCUGUCCUUUUGGAUUGUGGCUAGUAAUGAUAUAGUCGACUAGCAUGGAAUGUAAUAUGGGUUUUGCUAAGUGCAUGUAAAGAUGUACCAUUCUUGCCCGUCAGAAUUAUUUUCUUAAAUACAUUUUCUGCACUUCUGUUGAAGGCAUUAGACUCGUU